UGUCCCCGCGCUGUCCCCCGGCAGGAGGAGAUCGAGGCCUGUGUGGAGCUGCUGCAGGAGCGGUGCCGCCGCCUGGGCUCCCGCCUGGCCGAGCUGCUGGUGCUGCCCAUCUACGCCAACCUGCCCUCCGACAUGCAGGCCCGCAUCUUCCAGCCCACCCCCCCCGGCGCACGCAAGGUCUCCAAGUCCCCGUGUCCCCACAUCUCUGUGUCCCCAUGGACAGCUGUGUCCCUUGUCCCCCCGUGUCCCCUUGACCCACGGGUGAUGGGUGCUGGUGGCCCACAGGCCUCGGCGAACCAGCGCGCUGGCCGGGCGGGUCGGGUGGCUCCUGGGAAGUGCUUCCGCCUCUACACGGCCUGGGCCUUCCAGCACGAACUGGAGGAGACCCCAGUGCCCGAGAUCCAACGCGCCGACCUGGGCUCCCUCGUCCUGCUCCUCAAGAGCCUCGGCAUCAAUGACCUCAUCCACUUCGACUUCCUGGACCCCCCGCCCCACGAGACGCUGGUGCUGGCGCUGGAGCAGCUCUACGCCCUGGGCGCCCUCAACCACCUGGGCGAGCUCACCACGCUGGGCCGGCGCAUGGCGGAGCUGCCGGUGGAGCCCAUGUUGGCCAAGAUGAUCCUGGCCUCCCAGCAGUGA